AUGAAGGUGUUUCUUUCUCUUCUGUUGGUUGCCAUUGCUUUCAUGGAGUUCGUCCAAACCUUGCAGUGUUACACUUGCCAUGAACUUACCGCUGUUGAUAAGUGCCUGACAAUCCAGAACUGCACGACGAAUGAAACCAUGUGCAAGACAACCAUGUAUUCUCUGGAGGAAGUUUAUCCCUUCACGGGAGUCUCGACUGUCACCAAGAUGUGCUCUUCCCUCUGUAUCCCAUCUGAUGUGGAUGAGAUUGGGAUGACACAUCCCGUCUCCUGCUGUUACUCUGACUUGUGCAACAUUGAUGGUGCAGCUAGUUUGAAGAUCAACUUUGUGCCAGUUGGAAUGCUUGCAUGUUCCCUUUGUGCCUUCUUCUGGACUAGACUGUGA